GUCUCGGCGUUCCCGUUCGCUGUCGCGAUAAAUCCGUGUGGAGCUCGUCGGCUCGCGGCGUCUCCGCUUUGCUCCACUUUAUUUCUCAAACUCCGAAAUUUAUGUGAGCGGGUUUUAUUGGAACGAAACGCGGCUGUGUUCCGUUUACUUUGAUCGUGUUUCAUGAUCCAGUCGUGUAGAGAACACGGGACAAGUUGGUACCUGAGGAGCUAACGAAGCUAGUCGCUACCCGAUUCAGCUGCUGAGCUCCGUUAAGUCCGUCAGCUGAUCCCGGGAGCCGUACUGAUACCAACCACAUCCGGUCUGGAUAUGAACUCUGACAACAGCGUUACAUUGGGUCGAGUGUUCCCGCUGUAGGUGACUACCGCCGACGGUGGAGGAGCAUCUCACAUCAGAGACGGUGCAUCUGGCUGCGGGUCCACAUGGGGAACAGUGCGCUGAAGUCUCACCUGGAAACCUCCCAGAAGACCGGGGUGUUUCAGCUUACAGGGAGAGGACUGCAGGAGUUUCCAGAAGAACUGCAAAGGCUCACCAGUAACCUGAGGACGGUGGACCUGUCCGGGAACAAGAUCGAGGUUCUGCCCGCGGCCAUUGGAAACUUCCUGCACCUCAAGAGUUUGACGCUCAACUCCAACAGACUGACCAGUGUUCCCUGUGACAUUGGGAAGCUGAAGAAGCUGGAGACCCUGAGUCUGAAUGGGAACCGAAUCCACCAGCUGCCCCCCACGCUGGGCCAGCUCAAAGCCCUGCGGACCCUCUGCCUGGCUGGGAACCAGAUCUCAGAGUUCCCCCCUGGACUGGCGGCCCUGAGACAACUGGACCUACUGGACCUGUCCCGAAACCAGAUUCAGAACGUCCCUGCAGAGGUGUCUGAGCUGCAGGCUAUUGAGAUCAACCUCAACCAGAACCAGAUCUCGGUGCUGUCGGCGGAGGUGUCUCGGUGUCCCCGUCUGAAGGUCCUCCGCCUGGAGGAGAACUGUUUGGAGCUGUCCUGCAUUCCUCUGUCCAUCCUGAGCGACUCCCAGGUGUCUCUGUUCUCUGUAGAGGGAAACCUGUUUGAGGUGAAGAAGCUCAGAGACCUGGAUGGAUACGACAAGUACAUGGAACGUUUCACAGCCACUAAGAAGAAGUUUGCCUGAAGACCCUCACUGACGAGUCUGGGAUGUCAGCCGUGGGACACGGGGACAGGGACUGAGGACCUGCUUUUCUUCGUCUCGCCUGACAUUGAUGACGUCUCAUCUUCUUAACCCUUCUGACAUUUUAGAAACAGAAACUAACCCAUGAACCAGAGCUGAAAUGAUCAGACGUCCCUGCUGUUUCAUGGAAAUGUUAAAAAUAGUGAAGCUUUGCUUGUUUUGUGUGACAGGGAACGUUUCGCAGUUUGAGACGCUUGUCCCACGUCUUUCUCCUGACACGCGUUUCACUUUGCCGUUCAGAUGUUUUUCACAGUCCUUUGUCCUUUCCAUAGUUUCAUUUCACCACCAGUGUUUGCACUUGUGAAACAACAUGGUGGUGGUUCCUGUGAGCUUCAGGAACCUGCAGCUCACCUGCUGUGAAUGUCACAGCGUGCUAUAAACAUGACAAAUAUCACAUGAACCGGAAACAACAAGAAAACACACGAUGUGGAAGCUGCAAGAAUAAAAGCAGUAAAGUUUGAGUCAGAAGAGAUGAAGAUAUCAGAGGAGGAGGAGGACUGUUUUAUUUUAAUGUUCUCUAAACAUUAUCACUCUUUCUCCUUCAUACGUCACUUAACAGAGCAUCAGUUCAUCAGAGGAAAAAUGAAAUAAAAAGCUGAAUGAAUCCUGUA